AUGUGGUCGCUUCUGGGCUAUCCGGAAGAGACGCCUCCGGCGGAUACCACCCCUGCGCCCGCCACGACGCCGACCAGUCAGGAGCCGCCAGCCACGCCCGCUGCAGACGCGGGGGGCGGGUUUUGGAGCAUGUUCGGUUUCUCGUCAACUCCAGAGACGGCUCCCCCCCCGACGCCGGUCGCUAUGCCGGCAGCGCCUCCGCCGUCUCCGAUCGCGGGCGCGCCCCCCGAAGGGGCGGCACCGCCUCUAGGGGCUCCGCCUGCUGCCGAGCAGAAGGAGAAGAAGAUCAUGCGGAGGCGAAGGGAGGACAGCGACGAGGAAGCGGGCAAGUCGGACGAGAGCAAGAAGAUGAAGGACGGACCCGAUGGCAAGGCAGGGGAGUCAGGGGGUAAGAAGGAAAAGAAGAAGAGGAAGGAGGGAGAUGACGAAGCGUCAACGGCGAAGUCUGUGUCGAGCAGCGACGUGGAAUCAAUUCGCGCGCGUCUGGAGCAGAUGGAGAACGCGAAGAAGGCUAAGCACGAGGAGGAGAAGAAAAAGAAGGAGGAGGGGAAGAAGAAGAAAGAAGAGGAGAAGAAGAAGAAAGAGGAGGAGAAACAGAAGAAGGAGGAAGAAAGGAAGGAGAAGGUGCGAGCGAAAGAGGAGGAGAAGGAGAAAAAGAGGAAGGAGAAAGAAGCGGCAAGGAAAGCCGUGUUGGAGAAGCUUGAAGCGGAACUGAAGCGGGCGCAGGACGAGGCUGAGUCACUAGAGAAAAAGGCCAAUGAGAAAGCGAAGAAGAAAAAAGGGCACGACAGUGUAGACGCCAGCUCCCGCGAUUCGUCUGUUGCGCUGUCGACGGAGCGUCUUCGCCGCCGUGAGGCUUCUGAGGAGCGUCGCAAGGCGCGGGAAGAACGAGAGCGAAAACGCCGAGAAGAACAAGCUCAGCUCGAGGAGUUGCUUCAGGCGACAGAACGGGAGCUAACUGACACAGCCCGCAGCUUGCAAGACUCGAUUGACCGGCAGAAGCGCGAACGCGAAGAGCUCGAGAGGCAGCGUCAGCAGCAGGAGGAGCGCGAGAGAGAGAUCCGGAGGAUAGCAGAGGAGGCGGCACAGGCGUUAGCAGCCCAGCAAAGAGCCGCCGUCUCUGCGCCUCCUCUGCCGGCGCCGCCGGCGCCUGCGGUCCUGCCGCAAGCGCCCCCCCCUCCGCCUCCACCUCCUCUGUCUCCGGCGCUCCUUGUGAAAAAAAAGCAACCUCCUGGCUUCCCCCCUGCCGCCCAGCCGGCGCCUGUGAAGGCAGCUGCCGCGCCCGCGCCAGCCGAUGUGAAGGCCCGAAAGUUCAUGAUGGCGAUGCUGGCCCGCGACGCGGGACCGGCUCUCCCGCCGCCAGAGGCUGUGGCGCCCGAACCGCCGGCCGCGCCGCCGGCCGCGCCGCCGGCAGCUGCCGACCGGUCCGGGUUGGGCUCCACUUUCAAGGCCCUGUUUCAGCGCGGUCAGCGGCCGAAGGAGGACGAGCAGGGCAAGACACGUGAAGAAAAACCGAAGGUGCCUGCUGAACGGACCCCGCCCUCCGACGCCAGCAAACAAGGCGGUGGGUCCAGGAGGGCCGGUCACCUGCUGUACCCGACUCUCGCGCGCCGAGCAGACAGUGCAGCUGUGGGCUCGGAGGGCGAAGCGUCCGAGGCUCCGCAGCACGUGGUUUUCCGCGGCCCGCCUCUCCGGGCAUUCCAGGAGCUGGGCAAGGCGUACCACGAGAUGGAACGCCUCUGCUGCGAAGCGGCGUCAAAGGAAAAGGAGAAAGACGACGAGCUCGCGGCUGUCAAAGCGCGCUACGAAUGCCAGCUCGAGCAGCAGAUGAUUGAGGCCGAGACUACGAUGAAGAGGACGAUCUGCCUUCGUCAAGGUCUUCACGCGCUCGAGAGGGUUUUUGCGACAGCCAAGUGCCGGCUCCAGAUGGAGUUUUUUACAAUGAUGCAUCGCGUCACAGUCGCGCAGACGAAGCAAGAAGUCGAGGAGGAGGUGGCGCAGGUGCGGGCGGCAGCAGCGCAUCCUGACUUUGCUCUCGCAGGCUCGCGGAUCAUCUUCGAUAUCUUCUUGCGGCGCCAGCAACAAGCAUGGGUACAGUGGAUUCGGUUUGUCAUGGGCAACGUCGUCAAGCGAGGCGAAGGCGAAGUCGGCGUGCUAGAGCUACUCAACAAUCCGAAUAACCCUCUGGCAGUGGCUGCCUUCCGCAAAGUGGAUGAAGAGGCAGACGCCCUGAAGCAGUACACGGAGGAGACCAAGCGCAGGCUAAUCGAAGAGGAGAAAUAUCUCGGGCGCUGGCGUCUGCAGAUUGCAGCCAUGCACGAUGCGCUGGUUCGCGAACGGGAACAAGAUCAUCAGCGUCGAGAGCAGGAGAGGGGGAAGCUGGCGCCGCGUGGGCGCGACCGCAGCGCCAGGCGGACCACGGGUUUGAAAGCGCGUCCGCGACGCCGACGGCCCUCGCCGGAGAACAGUGAGGCAGGAAGCCCUCGCGCCCGGGAGACGCACGUGACUGUGUCGCGAGGCGCGCCCGAGAACGGCCGCGCGGGCGGCGCAGUCUCCACGACCACGGGAGGGACGCCAGGGACCGGCUCCAAGGCGAGCUCUGUGGGGACGACGCCCGACACAGCCUCGCCGCUGCCGGAGGCUCACGGCGGCAAGGGCCGCUCCUCCACCGACGGCAAGUCUGGGGACGGAGACAGCAAGCGCGUCUCCUUCGUGGAAGAAGCCAAGGCGAAGCCGGCACCAGCAGCGAGUGGGACCACGCUGACUAGACUAGCGAGCGCAGGAAGAAUAGUGAAGGAGAGACCGAAGCCUCCGCCUCCCGUUGGGGGGCUGAAGUCCGCUCCGCCGAGUGCUGGGCAGCCAGCGAGAAGCGAAGCAAAAGAGGAUGAGAGCAAGCCGAGGGACAGCGGGAUUCUGCCGCCGGCUGCUCUCAAAACGCCUCCAGGCGGGCCGAGCGGGGAGGGGCAUAGCGGAGGCUCAACCAUCAUGUUCGUCGACGUCAAGGAUGCGCAAGCCAGGACUAAAGCUAAAUCCGCCAUCCAGGCAAAAAUGAAGUCGGCUCGCGAAUUCAAAAGGCAUGCCACAAUCGUCAUCGGCUCCGGCCCCCCAACCUUGGCUCCCCAGGCCCUGGUGGGACCGGGAAAGAGCCUGCCGAAAGCGAAGGCGUAG